AUGGCUGAAAAGAAAAAGAAGAAAGGAGGUGGUAAAAAGAAGAAGACAGGCGAAAAUGUCUAUGAAGCUUUACUUGAAUACAAAAUUUCUAUAAUUGACAAAGAACUUGAAGAAUGGCGUUUUCGAGUACAUAAACUCGAAGAAGAAAAUGAAGCAUUAAAAGGACGAGAUGCACAUCUACGUGAAGAAUGUGAAAUAACAAUGAAACAUCUUGUCAGUGAUGCUUUACAAUUUGAUAAAGAAAAUAUUAAUUAUCCAAAAAUUGAUAAAGAAGAUGUUAAUGCAGCUCUACAUGAAAAAAUGGAUGCAGCUGCACAUGAAGAAUCUGAACUAAGAGAUCUUCAUGAUCAAAUGUUUCAUGUUGAAAUUGAAAUCUUCAAAACAAGAAGUCGAAUAAAACAAUGGAUGAAAUAUCGUGAUGUAACACGACUUGAAGAACAACGUACUAUUCAAUCACUUGAACGUGAACUUGCUUAUAUGAUAGAUAAUUAUGUUGUUCUUUCAAAACAUUUGGAAAAAAAUACUAAAGAAGAACGAUUUGCAUUGACACAAGUGACACAAGAUAAAAUUAAACAAAAAACUCAAGCAGCUACUGAACGUGUUGCAAUGGGUCUUGAUCGAUUUACAAGAAAAAUGUUAAGUGAAAAUCAAUAUAUGAAUCAAGAGCUUUCUAUGCGAGAACAAGAACUUAUUGAACUUGAAGAACAUAUUCGUGCAUUAGAACAAGCAAAUCUUUCUAUUAAUGAAAGACUCAAUGCUGCUCAUAUAACUGAUACAACAACUUUUACAAAUACAUUCCUUACGGAAAUAUUCCAUGAUGAGAUAACAACAAAUAUUGCAGAUAAUUCUUUACUUGCUGUCGAUUUAGGACAAUUGACAAUACGUAGUGAUGUCCGUGAAAAAACAUUUGAACAAUUACUCAAUGAAUUAGAUCAGAAUACACCACGUUUGUCGACAAUUGCAGAUGAAGAUACUAUUACUUCACCGAUGACUAGUUUACAUAUUGAAGGCACUCAUAUGCAUGUUCAACCACCUCCAAUACUUAAUGAAGAAGAAGAAAAAUGUUUAGAUUUUAAAGGACCUAAAUGGAUUGAUACAGUUCAACUUAAACAAGCACUUCGUAAAACAUAA